AUAACAGAAGAGGGAAUUUCCCAACUCUGCCUUGAGCUUGGGCCAUCGCGGUCCGCUGUCUUUGUGUCGUAUGUUAUUUGACAGGUUUAGGAUUACGAUACAGGCCACGACGCCCCGAUGACCCGUGGGUGGCCUGGUCAUCCGCGUUAUUUAUACCAAUUCUAUCUACCCAAACCACAAUCACUUUGUAUACCGUGGAGUUACAAAGGAGGUCUUCUCUUUCCCCUGUAGAAUCAUGACAUUUGCCCAUCUGUCGGGAUAUGACACAAAUCCUAUUACCCGUCAAGCCUUCAAGCUUUCCUUUAUAUUCUGCCCGGCAAAAACUGGUUGGCAGGUGGUACAAGCGUGCCAACAACGCAAAAAAAACCCAUCAUGGUCUUCUUCUCUCUGAUUCUGCAGAGCACUCUGGUGUGCGCUGCGACGGCGCUAUGUUAUUUUGUCUGGCACCGAUUAGUGGCUAAACACCCUUUGGAUAAUAUCCCAGGUCCUCCUGCGCAGAGCUUAUGGAAGGGUAAUAUGGGCCAGGUGUUUGAUAACAACGGCUGGGAUUUUCAUCAGCUGCUCGCCGACAAGUUUGGUCCCGUUUCGAGAUUCUAUGGAUUAUUCGGGGCGAGGAGGCUGUAUGUGUUUGACCCCAAGGCCAUGCAUCAUAUCGUAGUCAAGGAUCAGUAUACUUACGAGGAGACACCGAUGUUCCUAGAAACAAACAAGCUGUUGUUCGGCGAAGGACUGUUGUCCACAUUGGGCGAACAUCAUCGCAGACAACGCAAAUUAUUGAACCCGGUAUUCUCUAUCAGUCACAUGCGCCAUAUGGUACCCAUAUUUUCCGAGAUCACGAAGAUCCUCCGCGACGCCAUUGCGGAGAAAGUACAGGACGGACCGCAAGAGAUCAACAUGUUGGACUGGUUCACCCGCACGGCCCUGGAAUUGGUAGGGCAAAGCGGUCUAGGCUACUCUUUCGAUGAGCUAAGGGAAGGGUAUACGAAUCCUUACAGUCAUGCGGUUAAGAAUAUGCUGCCGACUUUAUUUAAACUGACGAUAUGGCGUCAGUUCUUGCCGUUGGCGGUCAAGCUCUCGUCUGCUAGCUUCCGCAAACGCCUGACAGAUAUUAUCCCGUGGAAGCCGUUGCGGGAGCUCAGAGACAUUGUGGAUAUCAUGGCGCAGACGUCUACCACGGUUUUCGAGGCUAAGAAAGUGGCUCUUCAGGAGGGAGAUGAAGCUGUCAUGCGUCAAGUGGGCCAAGGAAGAGAUAUCAUAAGUAUAUUAUUGAAAGCUAACUUGGAAGCAGCUGAGGAGGAUCGUCUGCCAGAGUCAGAACUUUUAGCCCAGAUGUCUACACUCAUUUUUGCCGCGAUGGAUACGACAUCAGGCGCUCUUUCGCGCACUUUGCAGACCCUUUCGAGUCACCCAAAAGCUCAAGAAACACUCCGUGCCGAAAUCAGACAAGCAAGGGCUGAAAAGGGGGACCUGACUUACGAUGAUUUGGUCAACUUGCCUUAUCUGGAUGCUAUAUGCAGAGAAACAUUACGUCUUUAUCCUCCCGCUACUAUGGUCUCCCGAACGGCUCGAAAGGACAUCAUUCUGCCGUUCUCGAAGCCAGUCAAAGGUGUAGACGGACGCGAAAUGCACGAAGUACUCGUUCCGGAAAAUACCAGCAUCAUCAUUUCGAUUCUCGCAUCCAACCGCAAUCGUGAGAUCUGGGGUCCAGAUGCUCUCGAGUGGAAGCCGGAAAGGUGGCUCUCGCCGCUCCCUCAAAGUGUGACUGACGCGCAAAUACCGGGCGUUUAUUCGCAUUUGAUGACUUUCCUGGGCGGUGGAAGAGCGUGCAUCGGAUUCAAAUUCUCUCAACUUGAAAUGAAAAUGGUACUCUCUUUGUUGAUCGAGUCGUUCAAAUUCUCCCCUGCGAAGGAGAUCGCCUGGACACUAGGCGGGGUGUCUUCUCCUCGAGUAAAGGGUUCGACAGAAGCAAAACUCGAGUUGCCCAUCAUCGUUGAGUCUGUAAAGGCUUGAGUUCAUGGAUAUGUCAUAUUGCAGUUGUUUAUGGGUUUAUGGGUGGGCAUCAACAUAGAAUGUUUGUGCUGUAGUACUUUCGCCUUUGUUACUUUUUCUUGUCAGUAUAUGUAUCAUCAAGACAUCUUAUAAGGUCACGUGUGGUUGAGGCAAUUGGCAAUUGUUCGUAUUGUCGUAU